ACCUUCAGUCUUCAAGAGUUAAAAAAAAAUUAAGUUAGCAAAAUAUGAAACAGGAAAAUUACCACUGUUACAGUUCUGAGAAAUAACUGUUCUGAUGGACUUUCUCAGCGAAUUACAUAUCUUUCCGAGGGUAACUUUCCUCCGUGAUUCACCAGUAGAGGCGUCAUUAAUUUUUUUGCCUGAUUUUUGCUUUUUUCAGGCGUCCGUAGCGUCUUCCUCUCGCUUGUGAAGCGUUCAAAAUAAUCGUCAUGGGAUCCUCGGAGACCAAGAAUUCCAAGAAGAAGCCCGAGGUUUAGAAUGGACGAGGAAGAUGAAGAGGAAAGUGGUAACGAAAGAAAUCAAUCAAAUAUGGGAAUGAGAGCACCGAUUAUUGGUUAUGAAAUAGUAGAUAAUCGUCAGAAAUUUACGGUUUACAAGAUUGAAGUUAAAAGUCAAAAUAAAAGUUGGUUUGUUUUUCGCCGUUACACUGAUUUCACAAGGCUAAAUGAAAGGUUGAGAGAUGCUUUUCCAGAGUUUCAAAUCAGGCUUCCUGGCAAACGCCGGUUCAAGGACAACUUUGAUCCAGCAUUCAUAGAAGACAGGGCAAGAGGAUUGCAAUUUUUCAUCAACAAUAUGAUGAAUCACUCUGAAAUAUGUAACAGUCAUGAGGUACAAGAGUUCUUCUGCCUGAAUGAUCCUCCUGGACCUUAUGACAGCUUGGAAGAAAGCAGAGCCUACUGUCAGCACUUGGAAAACCAAGCUGAGGACUUGAAACAGAAGGUGGAUGAACUAACGGCAGACCUCAAUAUGACAAAAUCACAGCUCUUACAAGCACGAGUGCAACAGGAAGCUCUUGUAAGUGCUCUUAGAUCAGAGCGAACACUGAGAAAGCAAGGAUUGAAAGGAAAUGAAAAAGAUUCAUCCAGGACCGAUGAAUUGAUAGAGAAAAAUGAAAAAAUGGCACAUGUUGAUAGUCUAAAAGGAAAAGUUUGCCACUUGUUGUCAGAUUAUCAAACCAAAAGCAAGGGAAGGGUGUCAAGUACCUCAGAAAAUGAACCUGAACCUGGUGAAGAUCAAUCAUUUUGGGUGGGAAGUGUGGAGAUUGCAGAGCAUUCAGAUGGAGCUGAUAGAAUGAGGUCAUCUAAUCUGGCCAGGCGGCUUUCAACUGAGCAGAGAAAUCCUCGCACAUCCACUCCUGUGUCUAGUCAUAACAGCCCAAGCUGUCUGGAACCUUUGCAACAGGAUAAUCAAAAAGACCUUGGAGUAUCUCAACAGACUGAUGAAAAGAGUGAAAACUCAGAAGUGUUGCAGAGUAGUAGUGAGAAAGGGGAAAUAAAUAACACUGAGGGAACUGCCAAACAUCCAUCGAACAGGAAGUCAAGAGAUCAAUCCAGUAAAAGAGACAGUGGAAUAAGUGUUGAUACCUCACCAACGCCUAGCACGUAAAUUAAUUUUAUUAGGGGAAUUGUAAGUAUGACGUGGAUUUUGGAAUCCUCAUAGAUUGUGUAUUUGAGUGUAAUAGUACAUUCUUCUAAACAGUCUGCUUUGUAGUUUAUGAAUUCCUUCUAGGGAAUUCUUUAGUGGAUUUUUAAGUGUAAUUCUGCUAAGUACUGCCCCAAAUGGAGCUAAGAUAAAAAAUUUUUAGAAUUAGUUUUGGGUAUUUAUGCUUCUGGAAUGAUUUUUUUGAAUGUGUUGAAUUGCAAUCUUUUUCCUUUUCAGGGAAACUGAAAUUUUCUUGUUUAGUUUGUAUCAUUUCUGUAAAAAGCAGCUUUGAGGAAAAAAAAACCUUUUUCAAUCAGAUAAAAAAAUGAAACUGGCAAUUUUUGGAGAGUUUACUACUUUCAAUAAACUCUCUAGGGGUAAUCAACACUGAAAUAUUAAAUGCCGAAUUAUUUGGCAAAUUCCCAGGCUUAUAAGUUGCCAAACACUAGUUAGAUUUAAAUGUGCCUUGUAACUUGGGCUACCAAUGCAAAAGCUCAAGUUUAAAAUUUGGUUACAGCUGUAGUCUAUCUUCCUAAAAGGCACUGCCAGCAUUUCUUUGCACACCCUACUCAUCUAAUUAAAUCGAUCAGCCAAUGAGCUUUAACUGCACAAUUUUCAUUUUCUUUUUUUUUUUUCACAUCCACAUCAGAUUCACAACAGAAUUGAGUUUGUUCCUAAACCUGAAUUUAUUUUGUUCAACAAUGUUUAGAAAAAUAAAUUUUAAGGUGAAAAUUCAUGUGUUUAGGUGAAGAGAGAUUAAAAGAACUCAAAAUAAGUCAAUUAGAAGAUGUUUUUAGUCUCAAAAAAUUCAUGUGUUUAGGUGAAAAUAAGUCAAAAUAAGUCAAUUAGAAGAUGUUUUUAGUCUCACUGCAUGAGAUUGCUCUGAAAGCUCCCAACUGAAGAAAAAUGUUUGUUUCAUUUUUAACAUUUUUUGAGUGUCAGCUGCCAUUAAGAUUGCAGUUGCUUUUACGUGACUGUACGAUAUGGUUUAAAUUUUCUCUUUACAAUUUUAUGAUGAUGGUUAACUAGUUCCCAUUGGAGGAAAACAAAUACCUACAGUUCAAAACUCAAUUAACAUAGCCUAAUGCAUUUAAAGCUGCAGUUUACUGUUCAUAUGCAUUAGUUGCUAUUAUUGAUUGUAGUUGAGCAUAGCAGGAGCAAUCAUGGGUUGAACUAUGAAAGUUUUAGGUUUUUAGGUUUGUAACUACAGCCAUAGGCUUUGGUAAAUAAAUAUAUUUUAAGAGAAAUAUUGAAUAGAGCAUAUGCACUUAUUAAAUAAAAAGCAGAAUACUUGUUUCCAGAACAAAAGGAAAUGUUUGUAUGAACUAAAAUUUAACUUCAGCAUGAUGGAAUUGAGAAAGCAAAAUGGCAGUUGAGGUUAAAAUAAUUCAUUCUUUUAUAAUUUUUUAAACCAGUUUGAUUUUCUUUGAGAUGUGCUCAUUGAUCUUCAUUGUUACAGGGUUGUCAAAAUUAGGUGGCAACCAUACAUUUCAACUUCUCUUGCUAAAACACACUGGCCAUUCCAAAUGCUUGUGGCCUAAUUUUCAGCAUGGAUGCAUGACAUCGAUGGAAAUAAAACUGGUUUUUUAGUGCUGUCCACCUUGCAUCACAGUCUCUUCACAGCCCAGUUUUCAUAAUCUGAUAAAACGUAGAAUUAAAGAUAAACUCUUUUGAAAGAAAGGACAUAUUUAUUUUCCCCUCAGUAUCUUGGUAAGCAUACACCAAUUUUGGUAUACUGAUGCCAUGUGCAUAUGCUCUAUUAUCAGUUUUUAUUCUAUUUUAAUAGUUUAUUGCAUAGUUAGCUUUUAGUAAAGAUUAUAAUACAUUUUGUAGAUAAUUUAAGAGUUCUUCAGGCAUAAAUAAAUUAGCUGUUUAAAUGGU